AUGCCAACCCAUGCGCCCGAUACGUCGUUUGAUGCCCACGACUCCGAGAUAACUCAACCCAAUGUCGCGUGCCCUGCUCCAUUGACCCCACCUCCCGAGAAUGACGGGAAUGAUGCCACAAGGCGUCUAGUCGUGUCGCAGAGUCUUGAUGGCGGAGAUGGACUCGACCGGCGAUCCGUCAGCGACAACACUGCUGCCGGCAUGGCGCAGAUGCAAGAGGAGACUUUGUAUACCACCCCGCCAAGUUUCGAUGAGAAAAUCCAUGCCGAUGGCUCCAGCGAGACUCCUCUCCUAGAUGGUGUUGAUGAUGACAUGGGCUUAAGCGAGCGCAUUGAAGACGAUGGCGCGCGGCGGACCGGUCAAUUUGAUGCGACGGCCACCACACCAGUCAUAUCGACAGGCAAUACCCGGCAAGAUAUGUCUGACAUGGGAGCCACGGCGGAUGAGACAGGACUAGACGGCAAUGGUGACCUGGGCACAUCGUCGCCCCCGCUGAGAUCGUCUGCGAACAACCGGCCCGGAGGCUUCCCUCGAGCUGGGGAUCCUCCCGGCAACCCAGCGAUCGACCAAGAACUAGACUGGUCGAGCAACGAUCUGAGAGGAUGGGAAUUUUCUCAACGGCGAAUUCGACCACAGUACCCAUCGGCAACAUUCCAGCCCUAUUCCAAGUUCAAAGGCACUCAGCAGUCGGACCGGCAGAUCUAUAACGUCGAAGUGACCAUUUUGACCGUGGACAUCGAGCAGUGCAGCAUGUCGGGAUACCUUCAGAUCUGUGGCCUGACGCCGGAUCAUCCAACCUUGACAACCUUCUUCACCGGCGAGAUCAUCGGCGGACCAAACCAAAAGUAUAGUUUCAGGACCCGGGAUCCCACAUGGGGUGCGAGCGAUAAGACCGACCUGACGCACUGGGCUCGGUUCCCUGCAUGGAGACCGCUCAGUCUGCAUGCGAAGCGCAACAUCAAUUUUGUAUACCCCAUGAACCACGAGAACUGGUGGCAGCAAGACUACAUCUUCAUGAGGUGGAAGGAACAUUUUCUGGUCCCUGACUACAAGUUGAAAUCCAUCCAGGGAGCCAGCUUCGAAGGGUUCUACUAUAUCUGCUUUAAUCAGAUUGAGGGGAGAGUGAGUGGCAUCUAUUUCCACUCCAAAAGCGAAAAGUGA